CUUCCAUACAAAGCUACACACACUUCACAAAUCAAACCCAAACCAGGCACCGAAAAAGGCUUUUGAUUUCCCCCAUUUCCGUCUUCUACCUAUAUAUUAGGGUUACUAGGGUUUUGAGUUUUCGAUUUUGUUAGGAAUGGCGGCGACUAGUUCCAAGACGGAAGACCAACCGGCUGCUGCGGCUGGGGGUUUGAGGAAGCCGGUGUUUGUUAAGGUGGACAAUCUCAAGCCCGGGACUAACGGCCACACUCUCGUCGUCAAGGUCCUCAGUUCCAAAACAGUUUUGCAAAGAGGUAAGUCGGUGUCUCCGCACCUCAGGAAUACUAACAUUGCUGAGUGCCUUGUUGGUGAUGAGACUGCUUGCAUCCUUUUCACCGCCCGCAACGAUCAAGUUGAUGUGAUGAAACCUGGUACAACUGUCAUCCUGCGAAAUGCAAAGAUUGACAUGUUCAAGGGAACCAUGAGGCUAGCUGUUGACAAAUGGGGCCGAAUUGAGGUCACCCAGCCUGCUGAAUUUGAUGUGAAAGAGGAUAACAAUCUCUCUCUUAUUGAGUAUGAGCUGGUGAAUGUUGUUGAUGAGGAGUAACAGAGAUCUUUCUAAGAGUCAAUCUUAAACAUGUUAAGGUUACAUAGUAGGAGUCAUUUUCUUAUCUAGUUUAAUACAGUUACAUCCUUAUCUGGAUAUGACAGUUUCAAGGUGGCAAAAAGUUUCUGGGAAUCUUUGGUGAACCAUCUUCCUCCUUUAUGACUAUGGCUGUCAUAGCUGGGAGAUUGGCAGGCA